CAUUUUUUUUUCUAAUAUUGACAGCCAUUAACUGUUAUUUUAAUUCCACACCAAACCCCUAAAAAGCUUUUCAUUCUCCACCUUUCUAACUUAUUCAUCUGAGCCAAAUCAUUUUUUUCCCUACCCUGCCUCUUCAUUGCAGGCAAAAUCAUUGUUUUGUGUCUGCAAUGGGGAUUGGGAAUUCAAAGUCAAAUGCAGUUGAAGGAGAGGGGUUACCAGCCAAAAUCCGCCCUAUGCUCGUUAGCCGAUAUGAGGAGUUCAGAAAACGUAGGAAUAGAGAAACCACCCUCUCCAAGAAGAACCUGUUGAAUGAAAAGGAUGACAAUUCUCAAUCUUCACACAGAACUGAAACAGAAGAUAAGGUUUCUUCUUCAAAGGAGAUUGAACCACCUAAAGAGGAAACGGUUGAGCGAGUAAUAACCGCAGAAAAAAUGUCCAGAGUGGUUCCGAUUCCCAACUCUGAAUGUGAAAAUGUGGAGGAGACUCACCCCAACAAAGUUAAGAUAGAGCAGGUUAACAAAAACAUGGAUCCCAACCAAGAUAUAUUGAAUCAUGCUGUUGAGAUGGCCGAGGCAGAACUAGUGGAAGAGACAAAGGAAGAAAAGGAGCAAGAAGUGGGUGCAAAAGGUGAUGAUCAUCACGAGGAUAGUGACGAUGAAGAUGAAAGUGAAGAAGUUGGCAGGUUUCUAUGUCCUGGAUCGCCUAGUUUCAGAAUUUAUUGCAAUGAGGCUGAGAAAAGAAACGAGGAAGAAUGUAAUAGUCCAGCCAUUGUCGUGCUCCAUAAGUCACGCAGUGCAGACAGUGUUCAAACAGCUGAAUCAACAAAUUCAAACGAGGUACUUCAGGAACUAGAACCAACUUCGAAGAGAAAAGGACAUAAGAAGAAAUUUGGGGCUAUGAGGACUCUACUCAAAGUUAAGUCGCUCUAUCACCCAAUGUGUACCUGUACUGGAGAUGACCGAAGUCUUAUUGUUACUACAAAAGCAACGAAAUGAUUAACAGACUAGGUGUUAGAAAGAAUGAAAGACAAAUUACACUCCCUUUCUUUUUUUUAAUUGGUCAGAGCCUUUUUCAGUUCCUUCUGAAUUCCCCAUCUUCUGAUUCCAACAAUCAGAUGUAGACCACAACUGUCUUGUCUUUGUUCAUUGUGUAAAACGCCUGGUAUAUUUCUGGUUCUAGCAUUGAUGUAAAUUAUUUU